UCUAAAAAUGCACAUCAUCACCACAACCAUCAUCAGCAGCUAUAAUCCUGGUUUCGUCUCUGGUAGAAAGGGGGUGUGUUCUUAUCAGACAGCUGGAAAUCCCCGUUAGACACAUAAAAGCGACCCAAAACGCUUUGCAUCAUAUCAAAGCUUGCUGUUGAGCCGUUGGGUCAAGCGAGAACCUUAAAAGAUGUAGGCACGAGCGUACGACUGGACAGCGGCGGGUUUAAAUGGGCAAUCUGAUGGGAAACUGGAGAUAUAAGGAGCCGAGCACUGUGGAGGAAUGCGACUCGACGUGGGAGACUGACUCCGAGAGCGAUGAGCAUCAGCAGCCGGGAGGAGAGGAGGAGGACAGCGGCAUAUCAGAGUCCAUCAGCCCGGCAGAAUCAAGCAGAGGAAUCGAGCAGCUGGAUCAUGAAUCGUCUCAGUUUGUUGAUAUAUUGGAGACCUCCACCAGGAUGAAAAGGAGUUUUUACGCUGCAAAGGACUUGUACAAGUAUCGCCAUAGUUAUCCGAACUACAGGGAGCCUCGUCACCCAAAUGAAUACCGCAAUCUGAGGUUCUAUCUGAAUAAAAUACCCCUUGUGCCAGAUGGUAUUUAUAUUGAAGAAAUCCUCACUAAAUGGAGGGGAGACUAUGAAAAGCUAGAGCACAACCACACGUACAUUCAGUGGCUUUUCCCACUCAGAGAGCAAGGCCUCAAUUUUUAUGCUCAAGAACUCACUCAGGAUGAGAUAAAGGAAUUCCAAAGCACUCGAGAAGCCAAGAGACGUUUCCUCCUGGCAUACACCAUUAUGUUGGAUUUCUUUGGGCUCAAGCUCCUGGAUAAAAAUGGAAAUGUGGCUCGGGCCUCAAACUGGCAGGAUCGCUUCCAGCAUUUGAAUGAGUCACAGCACAACUAUCUGCGGAUAACCCGCAUUCUGAAGAGCCUUGGUGAGCUGGGCUUUGAAAACUUCAAGUUGCCUCUUGUACGCUUACUGCUGGAGGAGGCGCUAGUCGAGGGCACUUUACCCAACAUGCGUCACAGCGCUCUGGAGUACUUUGUCUACACGCUGCGCCAACAUGCUCAGAGACGUGCCCUGCUACGCUUCGCCCAACGCCACUACCACCCGCCCGAGAACUUCAUCUGGGGCCCUCCGAAGAAGAAGCAUGUUCCAGGUGUUUCUGGAGGAUGCCCAGGGACUAAAACAGGAAAGCCAGAGGUCAUGGACAAGAGUGCAGGCAAAGCUAGGUCACCUAAGGAGGGCAGGAAUUUGAAUCAGUUAGAGAGAGAGGCAGAGGAUACAGACAUGAUGAAGAGUAUAGACUGGAGAAUGACUAAAGGCGCCAAGCUUCUGCAGGAGGGCAGGGGAAGAAUAGAUACAGAGGAAUACAUUGAGACCAUUCCACUGUAAGACUAAGGGAAUUCUGGGAAAUUAUCCAGAUUAGUAUUUCUAGCUGAGCUUGAAGUUAGGAAGAUGAAUGGCACAGCAAUAUUAUUUCAUAUCUUGGCCUUGCUUUGUGACUGUUUUUUGAGAUGUUUUUGAAUACUUUUCAAAGUAUUAGCUGAUGAAUUUCUCUACUGUACAGUAGUUCUUGUUGACGUCUGCAGCGUUUAUAGCAUAUGUGUGAAUAUAUACAGUGCUACAGUACCUGACAUUGUGUGAAAUAUUGCACUUUUGACUAUCCAGUCUUCCCCUGUGAGACAACAUUAUAGACAUUGAGACACGGCUUUAUUUGCCGUAAGCCCGUCUCUCGUAUAUUCUCUGUGCUGGCAGAAGUUUCUUGUACCAGAUACUUGUAGCUCCUUGUAAGAUGUAUAGUAAGUGUGAAUAUACUUUCAGGAAUUUUCAGGUAAUUUAGCUACUACGGAUGUUUGUAUAGAUGUGUGAGAUAACCACAUUAAUCCAGUUCUCUAACAAGUCUUGCAAUAUACAGUAAAGUGCCUCUUUUAUCAUGUGUCAUAGCAUACAGUAUGUAGGUGCAAGUGUGGAUGCUGUCUUACUCUAAUCAAACGUAUAUUAAUAGUGUUUGAGUGAGGACAAUCAGGGCUUUUAAUGGUCACUAUCUACCCAGAAUACAAAAAAAUUUGAGUUUAUGUUUGAUUUUGCUAAAUAGUACAGAUAUGGUACAUAACGCUGCUGUUUAGGAGUACAGACAGAGGGCUCAGCAAUACCUCCAUACUUCUGUAUUUGUGUGUGCGUGUGUGUGAUUGUUUUGCAUCUUUUUAGAUUAGAAGUGAAACAGAAGACAAAUACCAUAUAUUUAUUUCAAUUCUAUUCCUCUGUCUAUUCUGUAGCUUUGAUAUACAGUAACCAAACACAUUUUGGAUUAAAUGGAUAGUUCACUCAAAAAUAACAAAUCUGUCAUUUACUCACUCUCAUGUUGUUACAAACCUGUGUAAAUUUACCAAACUGAUCAAAAGCCUCAUUGACUUCCAUAGUAGACACAAAGAAUAUUAUGGAAGUCAAUGGGGCUUCUGAUUGGUUUGCUUACAAACAUUCCUUAUAAUAUCUUUCUUUACAUUACAUUACAGUUUUCCAACAACAUAAGAGCGAGUAAAUGAUGACAUAGUUUUCAUUUUUGGUGAACUAUCCCUUUAAACAAUGAGGGGUUCAACAUCCCCAUGCCUCUAAUCUCCAUCUUUAUGUCCCUUAGUUAAUAUGUGGAGUAUUUCCUGUCUAACCCCAUUUUUGCAUGCAAAAGAAAAGGGUCCGUAUUUUGCUCCACUGAAUGGACAGAUAGUGUUUUAUUUCCUGUUUGGAAACAAAUAGCCAUUACUUUCUUUUCUCUUAAAGGAAUGUUCUGGGUUCAGUACAUGUGAAGCUCUGUCAACAUUUGAUAUCACGCAGUUAUGGCUUUGUCAGUCACCAUUAUUAUAAUUUUGACUUAUCCCUCUGUAAAAAAAAUAAAAGCAGAAAUACUACACUGAUGCACUUCAAAUUGAAGUAAAUGAAACAAAAUAAAAGUUGAAAUAUUCAGCAUUUCACAAGUAUUGCUUACACAUUAUGCAUAGUAGCAUGAGACAGGCUUAUGAUUCUUUUAUCCUUUAUAAAUAUUGUCCUGUGCAUGAUCACCUGAUAUUACUUGACCAUGAUAUCUUUUAUAACCAAUAAAAAAGCACUCAUCCUGGUAACGUUUGCAAAAUUCACAUAUUGAUUACCAUAUGGAGGCUCUUUGUAAAUUGCUACUUACAUUAUGUGAAUCAAACAAACGGGAAUUUUAUUUGUAAUGCACAAGUUUAUCCACCUUAAAAGAAAGGUCAUUUAGACUGCUUUGCAGUUCUGAUUUUAAACUGGUUUCCUGAAUAAUUCAUAGAAGCAUACAAGCUUUAAAAAUUUUAGUUUUUAAUCCAGUUUGCCUCCAUCAUAAGUAGCGUACCGUAACCAUUUAUACUGUAGGACAAGCUGAAAUUACAGUACUAUCUAAAAAAUACCACAUUUUAUGUGGUAAAAGUACAAUAGAUGUACCCGUAUUGAACCUAGAACAUUCUUCUGCACAAUCCUGUGGUUUUUUAAGACUGUUGAAUCCUCUUCCAUUCAUUCUCUCAAGCCAGAAAAAACGCAUUUCAAUCUUAAAAUGUAUCUUGUGCCAUACUUGUGUGGUGACAGUUUGACCGGUCUCAUGUAAAGCACCAUAAGUGUAUUUUCUAUGUAACUUUAUUGGUAUGUGAUGAUUUGUAUAAGGAAAUGUGACAUGUUUGAAAGUUCUUUAUAUCAUGGCCUAAUAAAGUGCAGCUCUUUGAAUUAUA